AUGCCGGACACCGAGCGCCGAACCACGACUUACAGUAAGACAUGCAAGUCCUGUGAACAAUGCAGGCUGCGCAAAGUCCGCUGCAUUGUGACCCAGGAGGAUCCUUCAAGAUGCAAACAUUGUACUAAACGGAAUGAAGAGUGUGAUUUUAGACAGAUCAGGCGCAAAUUCAAAGCGCAGCCUCAGACAACCACGACUCAUAACCCAAUUUUACCAAGCCCAAGUCAGCACUCGCUCGUGCUCCACCGUUCUCGGAGCAAUCAUACGCAGACACCACAAAAUAUCAAGUCGUUAUUCGUGGACCACCUCUUGGAUAGCUCACCCAGUGGUGUGCAACUUAGCGAUGAGGCUUGUGUUUUCAGGUUACAAGAGCAUGAAGCCUAUUUCCGACAUGUUCACUCUAUCUAUCCAUUUCUGGAUAAGCAAAGGUUUGAGAGAACUGCAUUUGGGCCUGAUAUUGCUCGCAAGUUGAGUUCCGAUGCUGCUUUUUCUGCCUUGUAUCACGCCGUCCUGGCUUUAGGGUGUCAGUACCGUGAUGGUGGAAGCUUUGAUCCUGGUAAAGGCAAAGCAUGGAAAUUAUUCCAGAUUUCAUUGGGCUUGAUGGCCGAUAUCCUGGCGCCGGAGGAGUCGCUGCUCAAGUUACAAGCUCUGACUGCAAUGUCAAUCUUUGCUAUGAACACGUGUUGUCUCCAAAUUGACGAGCUUUUGGUCAGGGAAGCUGCACGCAUGGCACAAUCACUCCGAUAUCACAGGUCAAGUCACCACGGCGAUCAACAAAUAUGCCGUCAGCGAACAUUUUGGGUAAUCUAUAUUAUGGAAAAACAAUUGGUAUUUCAAAAUCGUGUGAGCUCGAUAAUAGUGGACUUCGAUAUCGGAUGUCCCUUUCCAGAUACACCCGAGGCAAUCUUCGGUGGUUGCAACUGGUUCCUACUGAGAGUCCGCUUUGCUCGAAUUACUUCUCAGGCAUAUGAGCUCUUGUUCUCAAUAAGCGCAUCGGUGAACACUGUAGAAAGCUACUACUCCGCGAUUGAUUACAUCCAGGAUCGCCUGGAACGGUGGAAGAUGACACUGCCUGAGGACUUUCGACCAGGCGCUCAUAAGUCGUAUACAUUCUCUGACCCUGCCUUUAGAAUGAUCCUUCUUCAGACCCACUACUUAUAUUAUAGUCUGGUUAUUGCGUUGGCUCGACUCGUUAUACAGGUUAGUCCAGAAAAGGGACAACGACGUGAGGACAGCAAGAUAAAGUUGAUGGAGUCGGCCCGACACAUAAUUGAGCUAACCCAGUAUAUUGAAAAGGCUGCUCAUACUCCCAUUUCUAUUUUGGGAGUCAUACCUCUUGUGGCCCUCUUUAUCCUCUUCGACUUUGUUGUGCAUAAUCCUUUGCACCCUGAAACAAAAACUAAUUUGUUCAUGAUGGAUAUAGCUUCUGGUCACUUCAACCUGGUAGAGCAUGCGUCUAACGGCUCACUUCCUUCUUCUGGAGUUUCAGAAUUCUCACACAUAGCGCGACAGUAUGUCAGGGACUUUCCUGCAAACAGUGCCCAAGAACGCACGGGUGACCAAGGUCCGACUCAAAAUUCAACUAAUGGCCGUAUCGUGCCCAUGUCAAAUCAGAAAAAUCCCUCAGAUCCAAAGUCAUCGAGUUUAACUGAUCCUGCUGAUCCGAUGCACAUACCAGUCAACUCGGAUGUUGAUGUUGAUGCUGAUUUCGGACUGUACGGCCAAAUUGGCGACUGGAGCGACCCAACAGACUAUUUGUAUUAUCCAGCAGUGGAUUUCAACGUCGACAUCGAUGAUUCUCCGCUGCAUGGGUUUGAUGUGCGAACAUUGUUCGGCUCGAGCUUCGAAAAGCCGACGAGGCGGCUGCUGCCUAGUCCAGACAAGAAUCUGCGGCUCUACGAACAUCUCAGCAAGCCGCACACCUCGAUUAUCAUCCAGGUGCGCACUAUGAGGAUGGGAUUAAGGCACUUCCUCUGCAAGAUCAAGCAGGUUGACUCCCACCGGUGCUCCCGUGAUCUAGGGUCCCAGACCCCUAGGCACGUCCUCCUGCAGUGCUCGCUGCACAUCACCGGCCGGAGGAUAAUGAUGGACCACCUCGACCAGAUAGAGGGACUGCGUGGGCGUACACAGGACUACGACGCAGUCAUUGCACACCCGCAGGCGAUUCGCUACGUCGCCCAAUUCAUGCAUCGAACAGGCCUUCUUCAACAAUUCCGAUUCGCUCAACUGAACGAGGAUGACGAGGAGAAGGCCCCGGAACCAAGCACCCUAUUAGAAGGGCUCGAACUAGGCGAGGAAGACGAUGGUUACACGGAACUUUAG